UUUUAACCGAACAGCUGUGAUGUUGCAAAAUCGGUAAAGGAUAAUUGAAAAAAAUGGAAAGAGAAAUUGGAACGCGUGGCUUGAGCAAAUAAAAGAAGGCUGUUUUUAGUGGUGAUACUACAAUAAGACAAAUCUAAAUUAAAAGUAAAUAGUAAAUUGCAAAUAUGGCACCCAUAAUCGAAAAACGAAUGUUACAACAACAGCAACAGCCACAGAAACAACAACUACAGCAGCAAAAUCUAUCGUCUGCCUCUGUUCUUAAAGAAGGUAGCGGCACUGGAAGUGGUGCAACAACUACAAACAUGGGAGCAGCUCAAUCUUUUGUACAAAAUGCCUUAAAUCACAGUCAUGGCCAUGGUCAUGGUCAUCAUCACCACCACCAUCAUAGUCACCAUCACCAACAUGCCAAAGAGAAUGCUGCCAGCAAUCGGAGCAGUAGUGCGAGUAAAAAGGGUUUAGAAAUUUUAGAUUUUCAUGAAUCGUGGCGUGAAGAAGUGGAAAUGUACAAAGAUGCCAAGUAUGCCAAAAAACAUAUUCCUCAGCAAUUGCUCGGCUCACAUAACCAUGCUCAUACGCCCCAAGGUUGCCAAUUGGAAAUGAUCAAUGUUAGUGCCAAUAAAUUCUCACAUGUGACCAAUCAGCAUAACAAUAACGUCAAUAACAAUAACAACCCUGUUGCAGACAGCUAUGUUGGAAAUACAACAACGUCAUCAUCAACAUCAGCCCCAACUGCUGCAGGUCAAAUAAAUGGCGGCGCUACUAAUAGUAUUGUUAGUGGAAGUAGUAGAAAGAAAAGCAUAGCGUAUGAAAAUAAACCCCGAGUACGUGUUGCUGCAUCGAUAGCCGAGGCAACAGCAGAGUCUGCUGCCAGCAAUCAGUUGCAUUUAAAGAGACCACGAGAAGAGAUGCCAUCUAAAACGGCUAGUGGUGCGAAAUACCCCAGUCCACGAACUGCCAAGCGUACAGGUCACAGUUCAUCGCCAAUUGCUGACAAUGGUCAGUUAACAAGUGUGGCACGCAAUAACAGUCCCACAAAAAAUAUAGCUGCUUCUGCUUCCAAUAAUACCAAUAAUAAUGCACAUACUACCAGUUUCACAAACACCUCCUCAUCAUCCGCUAAGAAUAAUAUGAAAAUCAUUGUAAAUCAAUUCCAUGCCAGUAGUCUGCUUAAUGGUCAUCACUACGAAGAAAAAGAACAGAUUUUAACACAAAAUGGUUUGACCAAUCCACAAUCAUCGGCCACUGCUUAUGAGGCGAGCUUUUAUGCCGCAAACUACUUGACACCUGAUGCACGCAAUAGUAAUAAUAAUAAUAACAGUAAUAAUAGUCAAAUGCACGGUAUGAUACAAACAAAUUUGGGAAGUCAUAGUAAUUAUGUUGGUGUUUCUUUAGCAAAUAGUUGCAGCAGUGAGGCAGCGGCUCAUCUCAAUAGUAAUGGUUUGGCAGAUGAUGACCCAUGUGCGGCCAUUGAUGACGUAAACACAUAUACGGAUAGCGACUCAGAAGAGGAAUAUACCGGCGAUCCGUUUUAUCUGGCCGAAGAUGGCACUGAAACACAUCAAAGUAAAAACAUACGUUACCAAGCCGCCAUAGAAGAGGAAAAUGCUGAGCAAAAUAAUGAAACUACCAAUGAGACCUGCAUAUAUCCAACGCCCCAGUGUAUAUUAUCGCCAAGUCUCUUUCCAAAUGUGCCUCCGUACUUAAAUUUUUCUUCCCAUGCGGAAUCUGGUCCAACCAUGCCACCACAACUACACAAGAUCUUGAAAUGGAAAUUGAGUCCGGUUAUGCCGAAAAUAGUUAAACGUGUCGUUCUAAAUUCGGGCUUUCGUAUUAUUAAAAAUACCACCGACUGGAUGGCUGUUUGGGAAAAGCAUAUGAAGAGUCCUGGUUUUCGAACGAUACGAUCACAUCAGAAAUACAAUCAUAUGCCCGGAUCUUUUCGCAUUGGACGCAAGGACAGCAUGUGGCGCAGUAUACAACAGAAUAUGAAAAAGUUUGGUAAUAAAGAAUUUGGAUUUAUGCAAAGAUCUUACAUAAUGCCCGACGAUUUAGAAGACUUAAGGAAAGUCUGGCCUAAAAAUGCAUCAAGACAAAAUAAGUGGAUUGUUAAGCCGCCAGCUAGUGCUAGAGGCACUGGUAUAAGUAUUGUAAACAAAUGGUCCCAGUUUCCCAAAGACCGACCAUUAGUAGUGCAAAAGUACAUAGAACGGCCAUUGUUAAUAAAUGACAACAAAUUUGAUAUGCGUAUAUAUGUGGUUAUGACCUCUAUAAAUCCUUUGCGUAUUUAUAUGUAUAAAGAUGGUUUGGCAAGAUUUGCUUCUGUUAAAUAUAGCUCUGGAUUGAAUAAUCUUGAUGAACGUUGCAUGCAUCUGACAAAUUAUAGUAUAAAUAAAUUUUCGGAAAACUAUUCGAAAAACGAAGAUGUCAAUGCUUGCCAGGGUCAUAAAUGGACACUACAAUCAUUGUGGUGUUGCCUGGAGGGACGUGGUGUCAACACUAAACGCUUAUGGGCCACUCUACGUAAUCUGGUGAUCAGAGCUAUUAUAAGUGGUGAAGCUGGUCUUAAUCGCACAUAUCGUCAGAAUGUAAAUUUUCGCUACAACUGUUUUGAAUUGUUUGGCUUUGAUGUUUUGUUGGAUGAAAAUCUUAUACCCUGGCUUUUGGAAAUCAAUAUAUCGCCCUCAUUACAUUCAGAAUUGCCAUUGGACUUGCAUGUAAAGGGACCUUUGAUACAGUCGAUUUUAAACACAGCCCUGUACCAGGUGCCACCGAAACUGAAUGAGAAAAAUCAAAAAGAGAUAUUGGAGGCGUUGAAGCUGAAAGCUCCACUCUGCCAUGAUAAACGCAUUUUCACUACUUGUCUCAGAAAUGAUGAAAUACGAAAACAUAAUCACUUUACAAAUCGUUCUAUAGAAUAUCGUGAAGAAUAUUUAGAUGCCAUUUUGGAAAACCUCAAUCCGGAUGAUGUACGCUGUUUGCUGGUAUCCGAAGAUGAACUAAAUCGCUGCAGUCCCAUGGAACGUAUAUUUCCAACAACCGAUACACAUAAGUAUUUGAAAUUUGUAGAACACCCUCGUUACUAUAAUCGGUUAAUGGAUGCGUGGGAAAAUCGUUAUGGUAAUUGUCGCGAAAAGGGUAUUGAACUGCUGAGAAGUUAUUGUUCGGAUAAUUAUCAUUUGCAAGUAGCAGAUGCGGCUCUAGAAAAGGAACCCAAUGUUGCUCUAACAGAAAUUGACUUGUUACACGUUAAGAAACCCGAUGAGCCAGCUGUUGAUGACUCAUCGGCACCAUUGUCCGUCGAUACCGAUGACAUUAGUAACAAUACAAAAGAAUCCCAACCAAACAGCAAUAGCACUCCCGCUGCUACCGAAAUGCAAAACUAUAUGUUCAAUUCUGUUGAUGAUUUGUUAGACGAAUCAAAGUAUAACAAAAGUAAGCAAACUUCAAAUUCGAAUCCGAACAAAAUUUAAACAAUAACGUAAUGAAUCUACUGGUAAACCUAAGACUGAAAUUAAAGUUUCAUAAUGUUUAAUACAAGUAGCGAACUACUAUAUAUAUAUAAUAUGUAUGUACUCGUAUAUGUAUUACUUACUCCCUAGAUAAUGUAUUGUAUAAUGCGAAGUUUUAUAAUAUUUGAAUUCUAUCCGAAUUAUAUAAGAUGAAGACAAAAUUAAAGUAUAAAUAAAUAAAAUAAAGAGAAAAAUAUAUAAAUGUAAAGAACAA